GGAAGUCUGUUAAAGCAGGAAGUAGCACUGAUACUGAAUCUAGGGACAGACGUCGUCUCACGGAGAGGAAUUCUUAAGGCUGAGACUGUAAAAUCACAUUGAGUUACCGUGGUGCCAACAUUUUCCAGUUAGCCUUCCCAACCUGAUAGCAAACACUUAGCUCUUGCUGGGAGUAUGAGGAAAAUGAAGCGUGUCUGCGCCCGAGUCACUGGAAGGAGAAAGCUGCUGGAAGAACCUUCUGGUGAAAAUACAUCAAUACUUCCCAAAGAGGCUCAAAAGGAGCAGAAAUCAAAUGGGAUAGCGAGAGUGAAAAAUAUUGUAGACAAAUUGCUGAAGAAUUUGCCCCCUGUGAAGGAGAAAACUGAAGAGAAGCCUGUGGACAAAGAGUCUGGUGGGAGGCAGCAUCUCUCAGAUCAAGCCGUUUGUGAAUUGAUAGAUCAAGCAAAAUUUCUUGAAGCUUGUAAUCACAUUUACGAUCUGGAACAAUCUGAACAUAAGAGUGAAAUAAAGAUUGACUCACUUUACAAAAAAGUAGCAGAAAGAAUGUGGUCAGUUGUGCAAGAAGAAAUCAGUGGAGGUGAUAGUAAGUUAUUGGAGCCACUGAAAUCAGUAGGUGCAUCACUGAAGUGGGAGAAAGAGAAAGAAAAAGAAUGGUUUGACAGUGUCAAAGAUAUGGAAUCUGUUUCAACCUGGAGCCCAAAAUACUGGAAUAAAGAUCUGGAGAAACUGCUAAUGGAGUGCAUGGCAACACAGAUUCCCUCUUUUGUGUCUGCUAGCAACACAGAUGAGUCUGCAUUAAAAGAUCAUCUGAGUCAGUUGGAAACCACAAUUUUUCCCAACCUGAGAUGUAAAAGAGAUGUCUUCAAAGAAGCAGGAUUGCUCACUACCUAUACAAAAUGUUGUAAUGCCUGUUUGUCCUCUCACCUUUCCACACUUACAGACGGUGAUAUGAGCUUCAGCAAAUGUCUUCUCAUUUAUGAAUGGGGCUUUAAUAUGUACAGAAGCGAGAAGCUGCUGAUGCCCCACUGGACUCCACAGCAGAGGCUCUUAGCUGAUACAUAUGUUCUCAAGUGGAUUUUUUCAAAUGUGGAGGAAAAGCUGCUCACAGUUACCCAGAAGGAAGUGAGAGAAGCGCUCAGACACGUAAUUACCGCGGGGGAAAAACCCUAUACAGACACUACAAUCAUUCAGGUAUUAACAGGGAGGGCACAGGCAGUCCAGCAUAUCAGUGAUACCAUAAAAGACAAGGUGGAAGCUGUAUGUUUGGAAGAACUUCUGCAUUUUCUGCAUAGCUAUAAACAUGAAGUAAGAAGCCUUUUCCAACUUGACACCUUUUCUGAGACCUACAGCAAUUUGCAAAUACUUGAGAACUGCUGCAUUUUCAGAGCUGCUUGGCAUAAGCUAACCUACAUCUACAGUGCUAGUGCUGACACUGAUGCUAAAGUGAAGGAAUUUAUAGACAGUACAGAAGAACAGAGUAGAGAACUUCUUCUGCAGGCAAUUACUUCUAAAGUCAAGGUGGCAUUGAAGGAUCACUUCAGAAAAGAUAAUAGUGAUUUUGACAAAUUUCUAGACUGUUUACGGUCAAGUUUUUCGAGGUUUGAGAUGAAAAAUACAGAGACCUAUGAGACCCUCAUCCAGACUGUCCAUCACAUCAUUGUCACUGAGUAUGUUCAGGCUCUCCUAACUGGUUCUGGGAAGUCAUCUUCUGCAAAGCGGAGGAAAAUUGCCAACAAAAUUGAAAUGGAUCACCAGGCAAUUCGAACGCUCUUUGAAGAAUGCUUCGGCCCUAAAACUGCUUCACUGGAUGACCCUAUUGAAAGUAUCCUAGAUUUUAUUCUACUUACUGACAUCGAAGCAAUGAAAAUACAGCUUGUGCUUCUUCUCCUCAAGUUUCCAGAUAUAAGGAAAGAACAUCUGAAUAUAAUCUUGGACCUCAAAGGAUCUCUCAAUGGGACAGACAGAAAUGCCAUGUUGGAGGUGGUUUAUGAUAAUUGUGUGGGAUUUGAAAGAGGACACAAUUCAUUUUUUGAAGCGAUAGAAAUAAAGCCUGGAAAAUAUGGCAUCUGUGGCUGCUGCUGCUGCUAUUAGGAAAGGUCUAAUAUGGAAAGUCAGAAGCCACCCUCCUUGCCUGUGUCACAAAGACUCCAUCAUCAGCAGGCAACAUCUGAGAUCACACCUACUUGAAAGUUACGAGGAAUGGCAAACAGUAUUUGUCUGCUGAAAACAGCUGGUAGGCCAUGCGAGAACAUGUGCCAGAGUGUUCAAGACAAGAAGAUCACAUAAACCCAAACUGUGGUUCCCUGCACAAAGUCCAACUGAAAGGGGGAAUGCACAUGGUUAGUGGGGUAGAAUCCUCCCUGAAACCUGCAGCUAGAUUCUUGCUUAGCUGGGCUAUGGCUGCUAGGGAGAGAAGCAUUGGACAGAGCCCCAUCUUGCUUUGGUUGGGGAUUGGGUCAGUAAGCCCCUGCCAUUUCCCCACUCCUCCCACAAUGCUCCUUUCCACAGUCCUGCACAGAGAGCCACUAUGUAGCAUGUUCUGUGGCAUGCAGAGGGCUGCGGAACCCUUCUGGUGCAUGGUUACCAGCUAGUAUCCUGCUCAGCCGGAAGGUGGCAUCUCCACAGCAUUUGGGGCCUUGUGCACCCACGGAGGGGAAGCAGGAUGUGGCACUUAGCUUUUGUGUCCCAUUCAGUUGCUUAAAUGGAAAGUCAUACUAAUAGCACAGGACUUACCUCAGUCCCUAGUAGCCCAUUGCAAUGGAUUGUGGAUAUAGUGUAAUUAGUAUCUUCGUUUUAUAACUGGCUUCAGAGCUGAGUUUGUCUUUUCAUCCAUAUAACUCAGCUGACUGAAAAUUUCCCCUGCUGUAAAGCUCUAAUUUCUUUAACGUGGGAAUUUUUGCUGUGGAAAUCUCAUGUGCAGUGGACAGUUAAAAUAGCUGUUUCCGCUAAUCCUCUGGGUCGGUGUAAACUGCUUUCAGAUGUGAAUAGACAAGAAGUACAGUAUGGGAAAAUAAUAGGCCUUCUUUUUGCCCAUGUAUAGGCUGGUCAUAAUUUCAGAGCUGGAUUUGGUUCAAGGCCUCAUUUGCUAUUGUGUUAAUAGAGGUCACUGCCAUUCUGGUGCUCUCUGACAAGUGUAAACAAAUUAGCCAUGCGGAAAAGAACUGCUGUAUCAGACACUCUUCAACUCUCCUAGGCAGGCACUCUGCAUCAGUGACAGCUUCCUCAAACGUGGCCUUUCCCCCCUGUUUUGCUGGCAGUUCAGUGUGCUCAUGAUUAAUUAGGAACGGAACAAGAGAAGCAAGUUGGUUGGUUUUUGUGUGUAUGAAAAGCUUGUAAUCAAGCUGCUCUGUGAGAUGUUUGGGGGAAAGUCCCCUAAAUCCAAAUGAAAUUUUAAAAGGUGUCACACUACAAAACUAUAAACUCUCGUCUGUGCUCUUUGCUGAGUCUGAAAGCUCAUGUCUUUAAUAAACUAGCUUUAAAGGCCAGAUUCUGCUUUCCUUACUCUUGGUGAAUGGUACCUCACUCUACACGUAGUCCCAAAUAGACCUGUUCCAAGUAAGGUGACACACAGUAGGCAAAUAUGUGGGUUUUAAAAAACAAGUCAAACAACAUUAGAAUUACCAUGUAAUCUGCCUUAAGUGACCUUUCAAGGACCAACAAACACCAGCUGAGUUACAGAGGUUGUUCAUUAACCACAGGUGGUACAACACCGUACCAAAAAGUUGCUCUCCCUUGUUUGCCAUCUCAGCUUGAACUCUUAAUUCACUUUUCCCUGUGCAGCUCUGCCCUGGCUUAUGCCUUGGUUCUGAUCUGUUAACAUGGCCCAUGUCCUUUCUAUGUCAAUCGGCCAAUGUGAAUUUCGUGAAUUUGUCUUGGUUUUGCCAAAUUGGUGAGAAAUUGCUGAGAAAAACAAACAAAAUCCCUUAAAAAGGACUCAGAGAAAAUCAAAAUGUUUCCUUUAAAAAAAGAUGAAACAUUUUGAUUUUUCAGCUCAAAAUGACUGUUUUGAAAAUGUGUAAAAUAGUCAGACGUGGUCAGCAGUGAAAUGAACAUUUUGUUUGACCUGACACUAUAUUUUUUCCCAACUUUUUGUUUUGCCAAAAAUGUUGAAAAGUUUCAGUUCAACCCAAGCGGUUUGGUGUUUUUAAUUUUCCAGAAUGGCCAACGAACCAGAAAAUCCAUUAUUCGCACAGCUCCACUCACAGCCUUCUGAGUUUAUUUCUCCAGGCCCAUCUUCCGCCUUCCUCCACAGCCAAUACAAAGGCAGCUGGCCUUCCCUUUCCCUUUUUAACCUCCUCCUAAGACCUGUUCUUCUCUGAGGUCUGUAAAGACCAAAUACCUUCUGCAGCCCAACAUUAAAUAAUUGGAUGAAGAAAAAAAAAGCCUUUCUUUGGGGAUUGCAAACAGGUGUCAAGGGUUCAGAACCACCCUGUCCUUCCCAUACUGCUAAUUGUUGAGGGUAGAUAGGAGGGGAGCUUUGGUGGAGGUAAUUGGUCCUGAUCUAUGUCUGUGUUCUAGGACCCAAUCAUGCAAAUACCUACUACUGGGGUGAGUAGUAAGCACUACCUUGGGUUGUAAGGAUUUGCAGAAUGGUGCCUUUACUUUGUGAGCCUCACAGGGACAGGAAAUGGGGGAGUAUUAAUAUUAUUUUUGUCUUGUACAAUACUGAGCACAUAUUCGAUUCGCACUGACCAAAUGAUUUAAUCCCCAAUAGAUUCUUUAUUGCUUUUAAUGAAUUGUGAGAACUUCAAAGUCAUAACAGUCAAUUUCAGCUAUUAAAAGAUGAGGAAGAGCGUUCUAACAAAAGUCAAUCAUUUGGCUACUCUUCCAAGACAGCUGACUCCCUCUUCUGUUUGAAAACAGAGUUUCUAAAGCUUCAGCUAGUCCAGGUAUUAGAUAAAUGUGCAAUUUUUAGUCCAGCUAAACAUUUAAUUGGCUUAUAAACCACUUAGUAAAGCAAUUAAAAAAAAUUCACUGCCACUUUGCACAGGUUGGAAGACAACACGGUCUGCAUGUUGCACCGAGUUCAUCCAGCCUCAAACUUCUUGCCACACAAAGAAAUAUAAACAUCUGUCAAAAUAUACAGGGCUGGGCUCUGAAUUGUGCUGGGUAUAUCAAGCCAGUCACAGUAGUCAUCCUUCUGUGCUAUGAUUUACGCAUUUAUUUCCAGGGGCGCGGAAUACAUUAUAUCUACAAUUUCUUGGAGAUGGGGUUAUAGUGAGCCCAUGUUUAUUGAUAUUUAAAUCAACAAGCAUUACAGAGAAAAUAAACAAAAACACACAAAACCCCUUGGACAUCCUGAUCACAGUUGGUCUAAAAAUACAUUCCACAGCACUGGAAAGAUUUCUUCCAAAUAAAUAUUGAUAAUUAGUUGCUUCUACUCUAUCUGAUACAUUCAGACAAGGGUAUUAUGAUUAUUUAAUAAAUAAAUGUAAAUUGGAAACUGGCGUGUAUUUGGAACACAGUGUUAUGUAAGUAAGUCCUGUCUGUGUCUGUAUAUACAAUGUGUUCUGUAAUAUAUAUCUGUAUGUGAAAGAUUUAUUUUAAAUAAUAUUUCUUCAUUGUAAAUUUCUCUUCUUAUUUUGCAAUGGAGCCAUAAAAUAUUCAAAUACAACUUAA